UUAUAAUAUGCUGAAACAUGUCAAGCUAAGAACGAUCAAAGAAGGAGGAAGGAAAAUUCUUGUUAGAAUUCAAAACCCCAUAAGGCCAUAUCAAAUCAAAUCAUUGCUUGCCCAACAAAGCCAUAGAAGAAAGUCCAAAUUUGCCGUCCAAAUCCCAUAGAGAGUAAAAUAUUCCCUACUCCGGCCUGUUUUGAAAACAAACCAAAGCAAUCCACCUUUUCUUUCCUCUCCCGUCAAAAUUUUCACACAAUAGAUUGGGUUUCAUUUUCCCCCUUUGGAAGAUGGGUUUUCUUCCUAGUGAUUUCAGUUAAUCGUUGGAUUGAGUUGUCAUGUAUAGUUUAAACUUACAAGUACCAGACUCAGACACAGAGCAGGAAAAUCUAUGGAGAGUAGUAGUACUACACAAAUGGAGAAGGUCUAUGUUGCUCUUGGGAGCGAUCUACAAGAUGGGUUCAAGACUCUUGAAUGGACACUGAGGAAAUGGAAGUCUAAACCAAUCUCCAUAGUCAUUCUCCAUGUGACUUACAAUAUCUCCAACGAUUUUGUUUACACUCCAUUUGGCAAACUCCCUGCAAGCUCUGUGAGUGAUGAGAAAUUGGAGAUUCUUAGGAAGUAUGAGCAAGGAAAGAUAGACAAGUUACUUUCAAAGUAUAUAGCUUUCUGUGGCAAGGUGAAAGCUGAGAUAUUGAAAGUUGAGAAAGAUGAUGACCCAAUUCACAAUCUCAUAGUAGAUUUAAUCUCAAGACUCCACAUAACCAAAUUGGUUAUGGGAAUCACUUUCUUGAAGUCAUCUUCAUGGAAAGCCAAGAGUGCGAUCAGCGGAACAUUUUACAUUCAUCAGCAUAAACCUGAUUUAUGCGAGUUUUUCAUUAUAUCUGGGGGGGAAUUGGUGAACCUUAAAGGAAAUGACGACGAUGACGAUGUAGUUGUGGAGGAUAAUGAAGAAGCCAUGGUUGCAAAAAUGAAAGAGAAGAACAAAUUCAGGGGAUGGCUAGGGAAGAUGUUCAAUGAGAGUUCCUCAGUUGGAAGAAGCUCUCGUCAAUCUUCCUCGUCAAACCGUAAUUCUCCUGAUUCACAGAAUCAAUGGGACAAACAUUUCCAAGAAAUUGAAGAGUAUUUCCAGCAAUUAUUGUCUUUGAAUUUGGAUGAGAUAAGAUGCGAGGAAGAGGAUGAUGUUUUGCAGGCAAAUCCAAUGGAGCUAGAUGUGGACAAAGAUUGUUCUGAUAUGAAUGUUGCAGGGAAAAUUGAAUCUCUAAGAAGUAAAAUAGACGAGGCACACAAAGUAAUUAAGCUGAAGAACAAAGAAGCUAAAGCACACGCUGAAAGAAGUGCAAAAGCUGAAUGGGCUAUAAGCUUGUGCACUAGCCGGGCUGAGGAACUCGAAGCAAGGAUUAAAGAGGAGGUAAAAAUCCGAAUGGUUAGAAAGAAAGAUUUUGAUGCCGAAAAGGAACAUCUCCAAGAACUCGUCAUUGAUGUGGAGGAGAGCAAGAAUAGGCUAAAUGCACUAGUUGAACUAAAAUCUGAGCUCUCAAACAAACUCCAGAUAUCAAGUCUAGCAAGAUCACAUAUGGAGGCUCAGCUAGAUAAGAUAGUUUCAGCAAGAGCUGAGAUGGUUAGGGAAAUCGAAGAGCUAAGAAGGCAAAGAGAUUUACUCCAUCGGAGAGUUGAGUUCUGCAGAGAAAAAGAUGCAAUAGGAAUGGUCUCCAAAAUGAGUAGUGAACUAAGCUGUGGAUAUAGAGAGUACACUGCAGAGGAUAUCAGAUUGGCCACAGAAGAUUUCUCGGAUCGCCUGAGAUUGAAAUCCGGAGGGGACUGGACAAACGUGUAUCGGGGUCGAAUCUAUCACACGACAGUUGCAAUCAAGAUGCUUAAUCCUGGUAAUGAUUUAUCAGAAGAAGCCUUCCAAGCCAAGGUGAAGUUCCUUCACAAUGUUCGACACCCACAUUUAAUUGCCAUGAUGGGCUUCUGCUCCGACCCAAAAUGCAUCAUCUUUGAAUACAUGCAACAGGGCAGCUUAAUGGACAUCUUAUUUUACUCUCACAGAAGGCCUGCUGAUAAAAACCGGGCCCUUCGGUGGCACGAUCGGGUCCAUAUAGCCCACGAGGUUUGCUCAGGCCUUAACUUUCUCCAUUCAGCUAAGCCCGGGCCCGUCAUUCAUGGCCACCUGACCACUUCCAACGUCUUCCUUGACCGCAAUCUUGUGGCCAAGGUUGGUUGCUUUGGGCUCACUGGGCAAAAUGCAGAACUUGAUCUUGAUGUUCGGUGUGAUAUUCGGGCUUUUGGGGUUCUAUUGCUUCAGCUUUUGACGGGAAGAAAUUGGGCUGGGCUGUUAGAAGAGCCCAUGAAAGUGGACCGAGAGGCUAUGGCCCGUGCUCUGGAUGAUAGAGCAGGACAGUGGCCCUUGGAUCUGGCAGAGGAACUUGUUAGGAUAUCAAUGAUGUGUCUGUCUGUCAAUCGUGGGCCCAGUGAAGAGCUGAACCUUGAAAUGGUUAUGAAAGAGCUUGAUGUGGUGAGAAAAACUGCUGAUGGUCUGGUUGCUCGAGGUGAAUGUGAGGUGAUGGUCAGUCGAAGUGUAGAGAGAGAAGAUUCGGACGACGUACCGGGCUUUUUCCUUUGCCCCAUAUAUCAGGAGGUGAUGAAGAACCCACAUGUGGCAGCAGAUGGAUUUUCAUAUGAGUUGGAAUCAAUGGAGGAAUGGCUAAGGAUGGGCCGGGAUACAUCGCCCAUGACAAACUUAAGGCUCAAGCACAAGCUCCUGACCCCUAACCACACCCUGCGUUCACUCAUCCAAGACUGGAAAAACAAAGAAAAUGAUGGCUCAAUAAUGUCUGUGUGAAGUGGGCCUAGGACAAGAUCCAGCCCAUAAAUUCUGUAUGUAAGAAAUUAUCAGAUACACGUGUCAGAAAACAAGAUUCAGAUGUAUAUCUUUCUUCUUCCUGUUAUUUUUUCCUCA